AUGGAUCCUCUGAACCUGUCCUGGUACGAUGACGACGUGGAGAGUCAGAACUGGAGCCGGCCCUUCAAUGGGUCCGAAGCGAAGGCGGACAGGCCCCACUACAACUAUUAUGCCAUGCUGCUCACCCUGCUCAUCUUCAUCAUCGUCUUCGGCAACGUGCUGGUGUGCAUGGCUGUGUCCCGCGAGAAGGCGCUGCAGACCACCACCAACUACUUGAUCGUCAGCCUCGCUGUGGCUGACCUCCUCGUAGCCACGCUGGUCAUGCCCUGGGUUGUCUACCUGGAGGUGGUAGGCGAGUGGAAAUUCAGCAGGAUUCACUGUGACAUCUUUGUCACUCUGGACGUCAUGAUGUGCACAGCAAGCAUCCUGAACCUGUGUGCCAUCAGCAUCGACAGGUACACAGCCGUGGCCAUGCCCAUGCUCUACAACACGCGCUACAGCUCUAAGCGCCGAGUCACUGUCAUGAUCGCCAUCGUCUGGGUUCUGUCUUUCACCAUCUCCUGCCCGCUGCUCUUCGGACUCAACAACACAGACCAGAACGAGUGCAUCAUUGCCAACCCCGCCUUUGUGGUCUACUCCUCCAUCGUCUCCUUCUAUGUGCCCUUCAUCGUCACCCUGCUGGUCUACAUCAAGAUCUACAUUGUCCUCCGCAAGCGCCGCAAGCGGGUCAACACCAAGCGCAGCAGCCGAGCUUUCAGGGCCAACCUGAAGGCCCCACUCAAGGGCAACUACACUCACUCUGAGGAUAUGCAACUCUGCACCGUUAUCAUGAAGUCUAAUGGGAGUUUCCCAGUGAACAGGAGGAGAGUGGAGGCUGCCCGCCGAGCCCAGGAGCUGGAGAUGGAGAUGCUCUCCAGUACCAGUCCACCCGAGAGGACCCGGUACAGUCCCAUCCCUCCUAGCCACCACCAGCUGACCCUCCCUGACUCGUCCCACCACGGCCUCCACACCACUCCCGACAGCCCUGCCAAACCAGAGAAGAAUGGGCAUGCCAAAGACCACCCCAAGAUUGCCAAGAUCUUUGAGAUCCAGUCCAUGCCCAAUGGCAAAACCCGGACCUCUCUCAAGACCAUGAGCCGUAGGAAGCUCUCACAGCAGAAGGAGAAGAAAGCCACCCAGAUGCUCGCCAUCGUGCUUGGCGUGUUCAUCAUCUGCUGGCUGCCCUUCUUCAUCACACACAUCCUGAACAUACACUGUGAUUGCAACAUCCCGCCCGUCCUGUACAGCGCCUUCACGUGGCUGGGCUAUGUCAACAGUGCCGUGAACCCCAUCAUCUACACGACCUUCAAUAUCGAGUUCCGCAAGGCCUUCAUGAAGAUCCUACACUGCUGA